CUUAUAAAUCCAAACCCCACACAACCCUCCAUCUACACCAACACCUCCACAACCGUAGCACUCAAAUUACCAUUUUCAAUCAUGGCUUCCAAAUCUCUCCGUCCUUCUGCUCAGCCACUCAAUUUCCAGAUUCUUAACAAUAAUCAAGGUGACUUCUGCAACGAAGAAGUGCUAGCUCGCCUGGUUCACUUUUGGGAAGCCAGAAAUUUUAAAAAAGGCAACAUACUGAUGGGUGUUGAACUACUUUUUCUGGACUCAGAGUCUAAUGCAGUGCAAGCUUUCAUUUCUGCAAACCGGCUUUACCGCUAUGAAGACAAGCUGAAGUCAAGCUCAGUUUACAAGUUGAAAAAAUUUAUGAUCAAACCCUGCAAAACGCUUUACAAAGUCACCGACCACGCAAAAGCCAUUUGUUUCACGGACCACACGACAAUGGUGGAAGUAUCUGAGGGAGAGCAGGAAAUUGACGAACAGAAAUUCCGACUCCGCACCUUCAAUGAUUUCUCUGCCAUUGCCGACAUGGAAACUGAUCUGUUUGAUGUCAUUGGCCAGCUACGCCUCAUAAGCGGCGAUAACCUUCACUCUGUCACAGCCAACGCCACUGCACCUGAAGUUCUAGGCAACAGAUCAAAAGAUAGAGUGUUCUUGCACCUGCUUAUGAGAGAGUUGGGUGAUGGUAGAGACAAUAUUGCAGAAGUCACUAGCUCCUCCGCUGCUAUUACCAAAUUAGAGACAGUUUCUCUAAAUGAGAUUUACCAAUUCAUUAAAACUGAAACGCCACAGGUUGCUAGCUUCUUUUGCUACUGUACAAUUGUCGACGUUCCAGAACAAGCAGGAUGGUGCUACAUAUCAUGCAAGUGCAAAUCCAAGUUGGGGAAGUCUAAAGUAUCAUUAUAUUGCACCACGUGUAAACAAACCAACAACAUUGGUCUCAUCAGGUACCGCUUUGAAAUCUCAGUCCGUGACGAAAACAACGACGCAGCUACCUUCGUCCUCUUCGACCCAGAUGUUAUGAAGCUUCUCGGACGAAGUGCCAAUGAUGUUUUGAAUGAGAACAUUCAGGUUGGAGGUGACGCGACCAACACCAACAUACCAGAAUGUCUGAAAAAAAUAAUUGGCCGGACUUGCAAAUUCCAGAUCAAGAUCACAUCCUUCAACUUUGAAACUUCUCGACAAAUUAUUACAGUCUCACGCAUAGUAGAGGACAACGUUGAUCUGAAAACCAAACUAGUUGAGGAUAACUUGAACGGAGACAAUGAUGAGGGAAAGAUUGAGGCCACAAGUCCAGACGACCAGGUGGUGUUCAAUGGUGAAAAUAAAAACAAGCGCCCACGUCACUAA